UCAACCACAAGCACGCCGAUUCACAAACUCAAGUCAUCAGGUGAUGAUGUCCAUUGUUCGUAAAUUAUUUAUUAAUUGUCUUGAUAGAACUUUUACUCUUAAUUUAUUAACUAAUUAAUUUUAAUAGUUUUUUAUACCCAGUGAACUUAAAUAAAAUCUUAUUAAUUGGAAAAAUUUUAAAGUAAUCGCGAAGUGGUUUAAUUAAUACAUAAAUUAAUUAAAAUGACUGAUGAAUCUGUGCGUGUUGCUGUCCGGGUGAGACCACUGAUCCAAUCCGAAGUGGAUCGUGGUUGUCAAAAUUGUCUCAACGUCAUCCCGAGUAUAAACCAAGUAAACGUCAGAAAUGACAGAGCUUUCACAUACAACCACGUCUUCGGACCAGAAUCCAAUCAGGAUGAAUUUUAUGAGACUGCAGUCAGUGGCAUGAUUGAAAAACUCUUCAAAGGGUACAACGUCACCAUUUUGGCUUAUGGCCAAACAGGCAGUGGCAAGACCCAUUCUAUGGGCACCAGCUACACCGCUGGAGAGUCCAUGGGUGUCAUACCAAGAUCAGUCAAGGACAUUUUUAAUUGCAUUGACUCUAAUGAUGAAUACAACUAUCGUGUGACCGUCUCGUUCAUGGAACUGUACAAUGAGCAGCUCUACGACCUGCUCGCGGAUAAAAGUCGUCGUGAUUGUAUCGUCGACAUCAGGGAAGACGUCAACAAGGAGAUAAAAAUCAUUGGAGUGACGGAGAAAGAAGUCAGUACUGCUGAAGAAGCUCUGAAUUUACUUACUCAAGGAUCCCAAGGUCGUGCCACUGGAUCUACGGCCAUGAACGACCAAAGUAGUAGGAGUCACGCCAUUUUUUCCAUGACAGUAUUCCAGGAGCCGAAAGAUAAUCCUGCUAAUGCCACUACUGCAAAGUUUCAUUUAGUAGAUCUUGCCGGAUCUGAACGAAGUAAAAAAACUCAGGCCACUGGUGAUCGGUUUAAGGAGGGAGUCAACAUCAACAAAGGUCUCCUAGCUCUGGGAAAUGUAAUUUCUCAAUUAGGAGACAGUGCUGCUAAUUCAUUUGUUGUAUACCGGGACAGCAAGUUGACGAGACUUCUUCAAGAUUCUCUGGGUGGGAAUUCCAUCACAUUGAUGAUCGCCUGUGUCAGCCCAGCUGAUUAUAAUUUAGAUGAGACUUUAAGUACAUUGAGGUACGCUGACCGUGCUAAGAAAAUAAAAAAUAAACCUGUCGUCAACCAGGACCCAACAGCAGCUAAAAUUAAUUUACUUCAAGCAGAAGUAGUUAAUCUAAGACUGGCUUUGGCGGGUAAAGGGUCACUUCAAGAAUGUCCUCCAGAGCACGCCGAUUUGCUGGACAAAACUAAAGCGUUGCAAAAAACAUUACGCGAUUUGAUGGAGAAGUUUAAUAAUCAAAUGAUGGAGACCAUGUACAUGAAUGAACGAGCUGAGCUCGCUGAGAACGCCAAGGAAAAAAUUUACAGUGGUAUGGUCAAGAUACUCGAGGAAUUGAAUGAAAUUUUAAAAGACCAAUCGCUCGAUAAAAUUUAUCUUGAUACUAUAAUGGGUAUCAAGAUAAAAAUACAUGAACUGCUCGAUGAACAAAAGAAAAUAAAUACCGAAAUUCAUGAGCACGUGUCAUUGGAACACAUUCCCAGUACCAAGUCACAGGAUUCAACUGCCAAUACCGAUGGAGAACAGCACAGUUUCAAUGGCAGCAUUCAUUUGGAUGAAGAACAUGCGGAACAUACCUUCAGACAAGCUGAGAGAAACAACGAAGUACAGAACGUAAACCGGGAGCUCGCUAUCAAGGAAGAAUUGAUUGCUCGGCUGCUCAAUAAUGCUUCGCAAAUCGCAGAGCACACUAAAGAAGUCCAGGAUAUGGAGUUGGAGAUAAAAAAUCUGCAGGCAGAGAAAGACAAACUCAUGCAUACGCUGGAAAAUGUCCAGGCCAACUCGGCGAGUGCUAAACUGGCGGAGGCUCGUCGGAAAAAGGUCCAGGAGCUGGAAAAGAAAAUCUCUGAGUUGACGCGCAAGUGUGCAGACCACAAUCGUGUUAUUAAACAAAAAGAAAAAUCUGAUCAGCAGGUAAAGAAUCUCACCAAUGAAAUUCAGACUCUCAAGCAAACGAGAGUUAAAUUAAUCAGGGAAAUGCGCAAAGAAGCUGAUAAAUUUUCUCAGUACAAACUGCAGCGGGAAAAGGAAAUUUACAAAUUGAAAGAUCAGGAUCGUAAGAGACAAAAUCAAAUGAAUCGCUUGGAGAAUCAGUACAGCAAGCAGCAGAAUGUCUACAAGAGGAAAAUUCAAGAGUACGCUGCAUUAAACAAGAGACUGAAAGAUUCUCUAGAGUUGCAGUCCAAAGCUCAGCAGCGCAGAGAGAAAAAUAACAGCCCGAAGGAAGGAAUCGAGGCGCUGAUAACCAGAGAGUACAAGGAAGUCCGCAACAAAACAAACUGCGAGUGCUCUCUGGAAAAAUUCAUGGAAGAUCGAAAAAGUUACACCAAGCUGCUGCAACAACUCAACAGUCAGUUAGCAGAUGGUUCCAAGAGAGAGAACCUGGAAGAAGAAAUAAAUGACGUCAAAGAAGUCAUUGAAGUUCUCAAUAUCCAAAUUGCUGCGCUGCAGAAUCAGCUGAUGGAGGGUGACAAAAAAAAAUCUUCACGGUGGCCGGAGAUCACAUCAAUGGGUGACUACAAGACGGCCUUGAAAAUUGCCUUUGAUCUCACCGCUGAUAAUCACCGCGAGAAUUGGGCAAAACUUGAUGACUAUGAGACGAUCAAGAAUAAAUAUAAGGAACUGGAAACGAAACACGACCAAAAACUGAUGGACUGCAGGCAGCUGGAACUACAGAACGACAAUUUGAAACGAGAGCUGGAAGAGAUGAAGCGAAGGUCUGAAGACUUGGGUUUGACAAAAAAAAAAACAAGUAUUAGUAAAGUAAAGCCAGUGCUUCAACUUUCAUUUAAUGAAACCUUUGGAGAUGAUAGUAUGAUGGAAUUUGAUGACGACGAAAAAGACCCGGACUGGCAUUUGACGCCGCAAGUCCGCCGGACCAGAAAUAUCUUGCAACCCGUCGACGGGCGGGAUAUUUCUGGUGAUAACAUCUUGAAAAGAUCUUCCAACGGUGAACUUAGAUGCUCAUGUAACAAAACGAACUGCAUGUCGCGGCUGUGCAAGUGCCGGAAAAAUUCUGAAGUUUGUAAUGCCCAGUGUGGGUGUUCCAGCAAUUGUCACAAUAGAGACCCAGAUAAAACUGGGCAUAACUUUUUCCCAGCUGAUAUUGAAACCGCAGUUGAAAUUAAACGUUCCAGAAUCGAUACUGAAAAUUAACUGAUAAAUGUGAUUGAUAUUAAUAAUUAUUUUUUUAACUAAUUAUAUGUAACAUACUCUAUAAAUAAGUAAUUUAAAAAUUCUAUUGUUAAUUAAUCUUCGAUACGAUUUAAUAAAAUU